AUAGAAAUAGGAAAAUAUUAAAAAAUAAUAAAAAGAAAAAGAAAAGAAAAAAAGAAAAGAGGAGUUUGGAUUGGAGGCAUAAUUCUCCAUUGAUGUGCAUGUGAGGAGGAGUGAGAGACUAUUUUGAAGUCGCUCCCACGUUUGAGAAGUACCAUCAUCACCAUUCUCCAUGUUCCGCCAAUGAAGCUAACUUUUACAGACAAACACUCCUAAUCCUUCUUCCAUCACUAUCUUCCAUUCUUUAGACAUUACAAUUCAUUCAUUCCUUUCUGGGUAGGUAAGAAAUUUUUGGUAGUUUUUUCAGUUUUGAGUUUUUUUUUUUGGGUUUUACAUUUGCUGAUUUUUCUUUUUUGAGAUUUGCAUCAUAAUACAUUACAUUACCAUCAAAAUUUGAAUUUGCGUCAACAUUACAGUUCCAAGUGGGUGGUUGUCAAAUCUGGUGAUCAAGUCAUUAGAUAAAGUUGGCAUAUUCUGGGUUCCAUUUCUCUGAUUUUUUUUUUUUUUGGGGGGGGCACAAUUUCAUCCAUUCUAGCUUUAUUCCCAGGCGAGUUUCGUGAAUUGGGUCUUGAAAUUUUUUGGGUUUUAGGAUCUGAAGAAUUUUCUUUUUUGGUCAAGAGAAUUUCUUGGUCUUUGCCGUGAAGAAGACGAGUUUGAUUUUUAGGGUUGCCAUUUUUGUAAUGGAGGUCUCUUGGUAGUAAUAGUAGUAUUAGCAGACUAAAAUAAGUAGUGGAAUUUAAGUGAAAGACUUAAAAAGUAGAAAGAAAUGGCUUCAACAUCACCAUCUCCGAACUCUUCGCCGCCUUCUGCGGCGGUUCCCCCAACUUCCACUUCUUCACCGGUGACUCCAUCAACGACGUCUCCGCCUCCUUCUUCUUCAUCUCAACCCGAUCAGACUUCAGAUACUCCCAUUGCUCCCACUAACUCGGCAACGCCUCCUCCUCAAUCUCCUCCUCCGGUAGUUCCCGCCGCUCCUCCUCCCUCACCGCCGCAAUCACCACCACCGGCUUCGCCUCCGCCAUCCCCACCUGCCGCCCCGCCACCUUCAACUCCAGCUUUGCCGACCCCUUCACCUCCUGUGUCAACGGCGCCUCCACCUGCUACACCGUCGGCUUCGCCACCACCUUCAACCCCUGCUCCUCCUCCAGCUGUUGUCGCUUCACCGCCACCUCCAAUUGAUUCAUCGCCGCCACCUCCAUCAACUGAUUCUUCUCCUCCUCCACCUCCUCCUGAAGAUUCUCCAACUCCUCCGGCUCCGACCGCGCCUGCUCGUCCAGCUGUUUCACCUUCCCCGCCUCCUCCGGCAACUGUCCCGGAUCCUCCUUUAUCGGAUUCGCCUCCACCGCCAGCUGCCAAGACACCGGAGAAGUCUCCUCCGUCGUCUCCUGAUGUUCCUUCUCGAAGUCCUCCACCCACCCCAGAGACGACAUUGCCAUCACCUCCUCCUUCAUCUCCUUCAGCCCCUUCAGUUCCAUCAUCCUCAUCGCCCUCCCCAACAUCCCAUGCUGCUUUGCCUAAUAACACUGCCUCGCCAUUGCCUGCUCUCCCAACACAGAAGCCUACUGCAAAACCAACUAAUGGCAAUGUCAAUGCAAAUGCCACGUCUAGUGAUGGAGGGAUUAAAACUGGUGGAGCUGUUGCUAUUGGUAUUAUAGUUGGGUUUGUGAUGCUCAGUUUUCUUGCCAUGGCUGUGUGGUUUGUAAGGAAGAAGAAGAAGAGAGAAAGAAUAAAUGUUAAUUACGCCACACCUUCUCCAUUUGCCUCCUCCCAAAAUUCAGAUUCAUUAUUUCUAAGGCCGUAUUCUCCAGCUCCCCUUAUGGGAACUAACUCUAAUAGUGAGUAUAGGUAUGCGCCUUCGGAAGGUGGGACAAAUAGUUCAAAAUCAUUCUUCAGGUAUGAAGAAUUAAUCCAGGCUACAAAUGGCUUUUCUGCACAAAAUCUUUUAGGCGAAGGUGGAUUUGGUUGUGUAUACAAAGGUGUCUUGGUUGAUGGAAGAGAAGUUGCUGUGAAACAACUGAAGAUUGGUGGUGGACAAGGAGAGCGUGAGUUCAGAGCAGAAGUUGAAAUUAUUAGCCGAGUACAUCAUCGCCAUUUGGUUUCUCUUGUUGGUUAUUGUAUAUCUGAUCAUCAAAGACUGCUAGUCUAUGACUAUGUUCCAAACGAUACUCUUCAUUAUAAUCUUCAUGGUGAGGGGAGGCCUGUUAUGUCUUGGGAAAUGAGAGUCAAGGUUGCGGCUGGUUCUGCCCGAGGAAUUGCUUACCUACAUGAAGAUUGCCAUCCUCGCAUUAUUCACAGAGAUAUUAAGUCAUCAAACAUCCUUCUGGAUAACAAUUAUGAAGCUCAGGUUGCAGAUUUUGGGCUUGCAAAGUUAGCACUGGAUUCAAAUACACAUGUAACAACACGUGUAAUGGGAACCUUUGGAUAUAUGGCUCCAGAGUAUGCCACAAGUGGCAAGUUGACUGAAAAGUCAGAUGUUUAUUCUUUUGGUGUUGUUCUAUUAGAGCUAAUCACCGGCCGCAAACCUGUGGAUGGGUCUCAGCCAUUAGGUGAUGAGAGCUUAGUAGAAUGGGCCCGGCCACUGCUUACCCAGGCACUUGAUAACAAUAACUUUGACGAGUUAGUAGAUCCAAGGCUGGGGCGAAAUUACAAGGACUCCGAGAUGUUUCGCAUGGUUGAGGCAGCUGCUGCUUGUGUGCGUCAUUCAGCUACAAAAAGACCACGGAUGGGACAGGUGGUGAGAGCCUUAGAUUCAAUGGAUGAGUUCUCAGACCUCAGCAAUGGAGUUAAACCAGGCCAAAGUGAAGUUUAUGAUUCAGCGCAACAAUCUGCUCAAAUUCGAAUGUUUCAGAGGAUGGCAUUUGGCAGUCAAGAUUACAGUACUGAUUUCUUUGAUCGAAGUCAUAGUAGCUGGGGGAGUAGAGAGCACAGAGACCGCUCACGGACUCAGUCUCAAAGUAGCUUUGGUAGUAGAGAAAACAGAGACCAAACUCAGAGAAGCUGGGCCAGUAGAGAGCACGAUCAAGGGAGCCAAAGUACGACAAUAGACAUAAACAGAUCUGGGGUAUGGAACCACUGACAAUAGUUCAAGGCUUCACUGCACAAACUGGGCAGAAAUCACUUGGCUGAAUUGGGUUUCCCAGCACAGGUUCUGGUCUUUAUUUAGAUUUUGGAACUGGGAUACAUUACACAGUUCCUUAUCUAUACUGUAAAUCCUAUGCAAGUCGGCUCUAUUUUUAUUUUUUAUUUUUAUUUUUUGGCUAACAUGAUUUUUUUGUUUGCAAGGAUGCCUAUUUUGUAUUCUUUAUAUAAUUUUUGGUUCAUAGUUACAUCAUUUCUUUGUAUUUAUAAUUAUUCAUUUAAUAUAUUUUACCUUUUUUUCCC